GCAUCUGCAAUUGUAUCCAGAGGAUUGUUUGAGAGGGAAGACUUGAGGGAGUGUAUUUCUCAUCCGGAAGCUAGUGCGAGCACGCACGCUGUCAUUCAAUUCGGCAGCGAGACGGCCAUACUCCUGCCGUGGAUAUGAUUGUAAUGGAUUCCACCUGAACAGAUGUAGACAUUGAAUGGUGGAGAUGGAGGGAUGUUGCUUUUUCUCCAGCUCACUAGACACACUAGGCAACUUUGCUGGAUGAAUCUAUCUUCCGCGCUCCUAAUUGCAUGUGCAACACACUUCGAGGCAAAAUUACCUAUCAAUGUCCUGUCUGUUUUUACUUAAGCAAGUCCAUAUAUCGAAAUUGUGAACAUCCGCAAGCAAGUGCACCUCGCACGCAAUUAAUCUGCGUCAGCAGUGGAGCAGCAUUCUGUUCUAACUCCGGUUCAGUACGCUGCGCCUCUCCUCGUCUCAAUUCUGUUUUCGGUUCUGUUUUGUUUUUUUGGUUUUUUCACUUUUUUGAUUUUGUUAUUUUUCGUUUCUCUGUAUCUCUUCUGCCGCCACCGCUCCUGCUCUAAGUUCUGGUCUCGUCUUUGAUUCAAUACGUAGCAUAUCCUCGCUCGGCCAUAGCCAUGGCUGCUGUCUGGAUCUCUCCCCUUCCUUCCGCUUCCUCUACUCUUUGCAGUCCAUCGUCUCCCUUUUUCCCUACUCAUGGUGUCAAGCGCGCCCUCGCUAUGAAAGACGCCAAAUUGAACUUCUCGAUUCGUGCUUCCAAAACGAGCAGUGGUGGAGAUUCACCGUCCGACUGGAGAGAGAAAGCCAAACCUAUUAAACCAGGAUCCACGUAUCCUGCUAAGGAUCACUGCAGUCAAUGUGGACUCUGUGAUACUUAUUACAUCGCGCACGUAAAGGAUGCUUGUGCGUUUCUCGGGGAUGGCAUGUCGAGGAUAGAGGUUCUGGAGCCAAAGGUGCAUGGACGCGGACGUAAUCCAGAAUCGAUGGAGGACUUGUUUUUCGGUGUGCAUGAUGAGAUGCUCUAUGCACGCAAAACAGAGCCUGUUGAAGGUGCUCAAUGGACGGGAAUCGUGACAACUAUUGCAAUGGAGAUGUUGAGGAAAGAUAUGGUAGAUGCUGUCAUUUGUGUGCAGAGUGAUCCUGAAGAUAGAUUUAAACCUAAUCCAGUCCUUGCCAGGACACCAGAGGAAGUUUUGGCUGCAAGAGGAGUAAAACCAACUUUGUCACCGAACCUCAGCACCUUAGCAUUUGUUGAGGCAGCUGGAGUAAAGCGUCUACUGUUCUGUGGAGUAGGAUGUCAGGUUCAAGCACUACGAAGCGUUGAAAAGCAUUUGGGUUUGGAAAAGCUUUACGUCCUCGGUACGAAUUGUGUGGAUAAUGGCCCCAGACAGGGACUUGACAAGUUUCUGAAGGCAGCCAGUGACGAUCCGGACACGGUCCUCCAUUAUGAGUUUAUGCAAGACUACAAGGUACACCUGAAGCAUCUAGAUGGCCGUAAUGAGGAGGUCCCUUAUUUCUGUUUACCAGCUGACGAUUUGACAGAUGUAAUCGCACCAUCGUGUUACAGUUGCUUUGAUUACACAAAUGGAUUAGCAGAUUUAGUGGUCGGGUAUAUGGGAGUGCCCAAGUAUCCAGGGGUUCCUAUGACACGACACCCUCAGUACAUUACUGUUAGAAAUGGUCGAGGCAAGGAGAUGCUAGAUCUAGUGCGACCUCUUCUGGAUGUUACACCAACAAUCAGCAGUGGAAACAGGGGACCGUUUGUAAUGGAAACAGUGAAAGCAGACGAUAAAGCCAAAUUAGGUAAGGAGAAAACUCAACCAGCACCAAGAUUUGUGGGCAACAUUAUUGCGUGGCUUCUUAAUCUGGUAGGACCGAAAGGUUUGGAGUUCGGCCGAUAUUCUUUAGAUUAUCAUAACAUACGCAAUUACCUUCAUGUUCAUCGAGCUUGGGGACAGAAGAGAGCUGAUCAACAUAUACCCUCUUACGCAAAGAAACUGGUGUCGCUGUACAACAAAAAUGGUGAAAUCGAUAAGAUACUCGAGGACAGUAGCAAGUGAUCCAACUGGAAACUUGAUUUGCUUCAUUGGUGUAGAUACAUGUGGACGUUUUAAUUAUUAGGAAGCAUAUUAUUCCAGCUGUGGAUUGAAACCAAGUCUCGUUGGGAGGCAAAUUCUUACAGCAUUGUACUCUUUAUCUAGUUUUCCCAAAUUAAGCCCUUUGAUGGUAGUCACCUUUGAAUGGA